AUGAAGAUGUUCCUCACACUCCGCAUUCCCACUCCCCAGUCCUACUUCCCGCCGCCCACCAGCGUUGGGAGCAUCUGGAUCCCCCACGACAAGCAGCUCUUCGGCCCAGCUGGCCCCGGGGUCCCAAGCGCCGCCCCGCCGCUGAUGGGCCCAUCCCAGGCGGGGCGCUCUGGACCGCAGCCGGCCGAUCAACCCGAGGAGCAGAAGUCGUCGCCGAAGGAAAAGAAGGGGAAGUCCAAGGGGCAGCAGUGCCCGGAGGUGGGGCCCAACGGGGAGCUGAAGCUGAACGCGAGGCAGAGGCGGACGUUGCGGAGGGCACAGGAGAGGGCCUUGCAGGGCCUCGAUCAGGCGAUUGCGCGGCUGAAGAGCGGGACUCCAGAGUCGGCAGCAUCCAACACCACGUGA